UGUUAGCGUCUCCUUUCCUGAAAGGAUUCCUGGCCGGGUUUGUGAUUUCCAAACUCCGUUCCUCAGCCAUCCUGGGAGUGGCUUUGGGAACCCUGACAGGAAUCUACGCUGCUCAGAGCUAUGAGAAGCAGCUGUUGCUGACAGACGGAGAUCAUGAUUGUGAUAGAUAAUGUUGGUUCACCUGAAGCAGAACCUCCUCACAGAACACGCUGGCUUUGUCUCCUGCUUCUCCUGGUUCUCAUUUACGGUUCCCACGCUCCUCUCAUCUCCCUCACCAAAGUUGACGGCCGGGUUCCCUUCAGCCCGUCGUCAUGCGUGCUUAUGAUCGAAUUCACAAAACUGGUGGUUUCCUUCGCAGCUCUUUUGGCAUCGGAAAAUCCAUCCGGCCUCAAGAUAUCAGCGUUGAUGGUGGCACCAUACGCCAUUCCUGCGCUUCUCUACGCAUUCAACAACAACCUAGUAGUGUUCAUGCAAGCCUACAUGGAUCCCAGCUCCUUCCAAGUACUCAGUAACCUAAAAAUCGCAUCCACCGCUCUGCUCUACACAUCCUGCUUGGGAAAACGGCUACGGGUUGGACAGUGGCUUGCCGUUGGGAUGCUCAUGGCUGCUGGCGUUUGUCACAGCUACUCUGGUUUGGAUUGGGAAGCAUCGGAGGGGUCCGCCGUCAGGCUCCACGUCACAUCCUGGGGUCUGUUAUUGGUGCUCAUCUAUUGUUUCAUCUCAGGAUUGGCCGCCGUUUACACCGAACGGGUGCUGAAAACUCAGCGUCUGCCUUUGAGUCUCCAGAACUUGUUCUUGUAUGUCUUCGGCGUGGGGAUCAAUCUGGUGUCGCAUCUCUCUGGCGGCGGGCAGCAGGGUUUUGAGGGUUUCUCCACUCUCGUUUGGCUCAUUAUUGCGGGACAGGCUGCUAACGGGCUCCUCAUGUCUGUCAUCAUGAAACACGGAACGGGAAUCACGCGGUUGUUCGUUAUCUCCUCUUCUAUGCUGGUGAAUGGCGUGUUGUCGUGGGGGAUUUUGGGAAUACAGCUCACACCUUACUUCCUGUUUCCCGUGGUGUUGAUUGGAUGGGCCGUGUACCUGUAUUACAGGUAGAUGGGACGCCACUAAAGAUGACUUUAUCACUCUAUAUGUAGUGAACCACAGAUGAUUAAGUUUCUAUCUUGUCGUUUAUUUUGUCAGCAUGUGCUCUCAGAUAUCUGUCUUCUGCCUUUGUCCUUCUAGAAGUGCAUCUUACUGUGAAUGAACGUCAUCUCAUGACUGAAUGUCUGCUGAUUUAUUGUUUUUAUUCAUAUGAAGUGUUUUAUUUUCAAAUUAAAUGUUGAAAUGAAUGGUACAGCACACAUAUUUAAGACAUAUUUAUGCAAAUAAACAAAAUGGAUCAUUUUCA